UAUUUCUAGCUGUUGGUUUUUUCCUAUCCUGGCCACACUGCAGAUUGACUUUGUUUUUGUUUCAACAUGGCAAAGUUUUUGGGCAUCAACCGGCUGACCAAGCUGUUCCAGAUCGUCCGCGAAGCCGGAGGACUGAAGCAAGCGUACCUGAAGCUCUAUAGGAACGAUGAUCUGAAGAUCGGAACCUUGGUGGGCAUCGACAAGUACGGAAACAAGUACUUCGAGAACCCGUACUACUUCUACGGCCGCAACCGCUGGAUCGAGUUCGCACCCCACGUCAACAUGGACUACGAUGGCUCCAUGAUUCCCGCCGAGUGGUACGGCUGGAUGCACUAUAAGACCGAUCUGCCUCCCAUUCGCGAUGGAUGCCGCCCCAAGCACAAGUGGAUAGCGGACCACAGCGAGAAUCUUUCCGGCACCAAGGAGGCCUACUACCCCUACUCCACAACACCCAACAAAGUGGAGGCCUGGGAUCCCAAGUCGAAGAAACAGUAGUGUGGCAUAGCUUAUAAUUAAUUUUAAAUUCAAGUGCAAAUGGCUGCGAGUUAAUAAAUCCAAUUUCGUUGACUCGGCA